AUGAUUACCUGCAAAAAAAUAUUUUUUACAGAGGGCGGGGGGCAACGUGCCAUCCAGAAAGGUCUCGAACAUUGGUCAAAAGUGACGCAACUAACUUUUAAAAAAGUGUCCGGAAGAGCCGACAUUCUCGUCAGUUUUGCACGAAAUCGCCAUGGAGACAACAGCCCCUUUGAUGGACCAAGUGGUGUUCUUGCUCAUGCUUUCUUUCCCGGACGACAGGAAAUCAACGGUGAUACACACUUUGAUGAUGCCGAAUUAUGGACGCAAGGCACUGAUGAAGGAACUAACUUGGAAAUUGUAGCUGCCCAUGAAUUUGGGCACGCCCUGGGCCUUGGGCACUCAAUGGUCUCUGACUCAUUGAUGGCACCCUACUAUCGAGGCUACACCCCGAAUUUCGAACUUCAUCCGGACGACAUUGCAGGAAUCCAGAAACUUUAUGGCGUAAGACAAACGACUGUUCCUUCUACGACAGUCACUGAGCCAAUUACAACCGAAGUACCAACAACUACAGAACCAACUACAACUGAAAUACCGACAACCACAGAACUAAGCACAACUAUGCAAACUAUGACCGAAGAAGUUACAACCCAAGAACCAACAACAAGCAAACAACACCAAAUUAAUCUUUGUAACAGGCCACCAAACUCGAAGAUUCAAGCAGCAUUUACAGACCACAAAGGCGUUAUGUAUAUCUUCCUAAGUACAGGUCACGUGGUCAGCAACGUCACAGGAAUCCACAAAAUAGAGGAUUUCUUCCCAAAAGGGCCAAAAUAUGUCGACGCCGCCGCUUACUCUGAUGAACACGAAAUGCUUUUCCUAUUUCGAGGAAAUUAUAUGUGGAUGUACAGAGUGGAUGCAUCUGGAAACACGUUUUAUCCAGCGGAGAUGUUCAUGAAAAAGUUGGAGAUUGAAGUGGAUGCAGCUACAGUCAUUCUUGAUAAUUACGGCUGGGAACGGAUCUUUUUAUUUAAGGGUCAGUAUAUGUACGAAUAUCAUCCGUACUUCAUGAAUCUCUUCGGGCGUCUGCAGAUCGAACAAAUGUGGUACGGUGUCCCCAACACUUACGAUGCCAUACUUACGAACGAAAAAGAAAUAGAGUUUCUUCAUGAUGACAGGUAA